AACCAGGUUGGCCCUGAGAGACGACGUACAUUGUCAACAUUAACCCAGCAGCUAAGACACUCCCAGUAGCCUCAUGAUGUCGGAUGUGUGAGGUACCCUCUAUCGAGUGCUCUCCAUCGGCCGACAUAUACUCGUUGCCCCCCCCCCCCUCCCCCCCUUUUUUCGACCCCACCUGCAGCAGGUUCAAACCAUCUAUACGGGACUUUGCUCGCGCUUUAAGUAGACCCGGCCUCCUUCGCGUGCCACUUGUCGACUACUCUUCCCCAUUCCCGCGUUGUCUCUAUAUGUCCUCAGAUCUAUACAUAGACCUCACGAGGUUACGUUUUGGUUGUAGAUGGAGGAUGGCGUGGACAAGCGGUCUCAGGUUCAGCGAACCGCAUGAAGGAACACGGGAGGUUAGGAGUCGGUAUCAGAACACAGGAUAUCGAACAGCCAGCUCCACUCUUGUAUCAUCUGGGACUUGCAAAACCUGGAAAUAUGUUUAUGAGGCUGUUCGGCCGCUUUGUAGGGGAUGUAUCCGAUAUUAUCGUUCGUACAUAUACCGUUCCGCAUUCGACUUAACGACCUGGAAAGCAUCCCCGAAACUGAUGAUGUUCAAUUCUUUCCCAGUGAACCUUACGACCGUUCAGAAAAUAUGGUGUACUUACAUUGGCAAAUUGGCAUUUUACGCAGGUACUGUCCGAUUUGCAGAAAAGGCUGUAUUAUAACAUUUCGCGUUGUGUAUGACGAAGGCAUCACAUAUGCUAGCGACGACUGUUGGAAUGCGCGACUCGAGCCUAGUGUGAAGCUUUGAUGGAUCUGAAGGAUCGCCUACACAUUCAAGAAUUCUUCAAAUGUUUCUGAAUCUACCUCUAGUGCGGCCGCAGUCUCGCGAUAACCAUUCGAACACACUUUACAGCUCCUUCUCAAUCGGAUAGUACAUUCCAAAAUAUUACUAGCACACAAAUUUC